UUGUUGUAGUUGCAGUGAGAGAGGAAGAGGACUAAAAGAGUGUGCGGCGUUUUGGUUUUGCUCUCAUUCCCUCUUUCCUUUAAAGUGACAGAGCCAGAGCCAGAGAGACAUUUGCUUCUGUUCAUUUUUUUUUAAUGGUCGGUGAAGAACCGUGAUUUGCUCUAAUCAGUUUAUAUUAUUACUCUUCUUCAAUCUCCUCCAUCUUCCCGUUAUCUCCGCCACGUGUUUCUCUCUUUUUGUCUCCUCCUUCUCCCCCUAAUCUCUUUAAUCUCACAAACCAACAAUACAAAUCUAACUGUACACACACAGAGUAGUACCUUAUUCUGUUUUCCCCCUUCUGAAACGAGCAAAUUUUGACAUGUGGGUCAGUGUUGAUUCCUCUCCUCUUACUCUUCCCUUAUGAGUUUUCCAAUCUAAAAAACUAUUGAUACAAGGAACCAAUGCUACUCACUCCUAAGAUGUUUAGUUCUUGGCUUCGAAAAGAUGUGAAGAAGAUUCUCAAACGCAAAGACAGUGAUGCUGGUGAAAAAGGCAAAGCAUUGGAGGACUUACGAGCUUCGUUAUUUAACAGAUUCCGUUCACCGGAAACUCCAAAGAGACAGCAACAACAACAACAUCGUAUCUGUGGCCCAACUGUUGCUCUCACUUUCAAUUUCAUUGUUGCUAUUAGCAUUAUCUUCAUGAACAAAUGGGUGCUUAAAAACAUAGGCUUUGAGUUCCCAGUGUUCCUCACAUUCAUUCACUACAUUGUAGCUUAUCUUUUAAUGGCUCUUCUCAAAUCCUUUUCCCUCCUCCCUGCUUCACCUCCUUCCUCGAAAUCAUCGUCUCUUCCCCUCUAUACUCUUGGCAUUGUCAUGUCACUCUCUACAGGACUCGCUAAUGUUAGCCUUAAGUAUAACAGUGUUGGAUUCUACCAGAUGGCCAAAAUUGCUGUUACGCCUUCUAUUGUCUUUGCUGAGUUCUUGUGGUAUAGAAAGAGAGUUUCUUUCAUGAAGGUAGUUUCACUUACAGUUUUAUCUGUGGGAGUUGCGGUUGCCACUGUAACAGAUUUACAGUUUAGUCUGUUCGGCGCUUGUGUGGCAUUCGCAUGGAUCAUACCAAGCGCAACUAACAAAAUCUUGUGGUCCAAUAUGCAACAACGAGAAAAUUGGACUGCUUUAGCGUUAAUGUGGAAAACGACGCCAAUCACCCUGUUGUUUCUUGUAUCAAUGAUUCCGUUCUUGGAUCCGCCAGGCGCUCUAUCGUUCAAUUGGAGCUUAGCCAACACAUCCGCCAUUCUUAUUUCCGCUCUUCUCGGAUUCUUUCUUCAAUGGUCCGGAGCCUUAGCUCUCGGAGCAACUUCUGCAAUUACGCAUGUGGUGCUGGGGCAAUUCAAGACCUGUGUCCUCCUCCUUGGAAACUACUACAUUUUCGGAUCGAAUAGUGGUUACAUUAGCGUUUGCGGUGCGUUUGUGGCGAUAAUGGGGACUUCAUUAUAUACUUACCUUAACACGAGAGGUCAAUCUCUUAAAGCUUCGACUUCUUCUUCUUCUUCUGCUCCUUCAGACAAGAAGUCAAGAUUCAGUGAUCUUAAGGAUGAUGACAAGAAUCUUCAACCUUACGGCUCCGAAGCUGUCUAGUCUUAGACUAACUUUGUAGUAUAGUUUUGAUUAACAAUUCCACAUUACAUUAGAUUCUAAUUCUCAACUUUUUGUUUGUGUCGAUUCUUGUUUCUCUUUUUCUAAGUUCAUCCCUGAAAAUAAACAACUUUUCUUUUGGCAGCAAGUCAUCAUCGUAUGUUUUUGUAUUUUCUUUUUUGUCAAAUUUUGAAGAUGUA